AUGACUCAAGUUCCAAACUCCCUCAACUACCAAUAUUUUCCUCCGUCGCCACCUUAUCCGUUUCCCGGCCCGCCAUUCUUUCCGCCACCCCAAAAUCCUCCACCGUCGCCACAUGUGCCGCCACCUCACAACCCUCCACCGCCGCAUGUACCGCCACCUCCUCCGCUGAAACCGCCUUUUUCUCCUCCGCCGCCACACAUUUCUCCACCACCGCCACCACAUUUGCCGCUACCUCCUCCGGUGAAACCGCCUUUUUCUCCUCCGCCGCCACACAUUUCUCCACCACCGCCACCACAUUUGCCGCCACCUCCUCCGGCGAAACCACCGAGCCCCCCUCCUCUGCCGCCAUCCCCUCCUGGAAACCACCCGACAGUUAUAAUUGUUGUAUUCAUCUCGUUUGGAGGGCUAUUCUUCCUCGCGUUCCUUGCAGCCGCACUUUUCUGCUAUGUCAAGAAGAGAAAGAAGAAGAUUGUCGAGGAAGACGAUAAGUUCAAAAUAGACGAGCACGUGAAAGUACAAGAAUCAGUUGUCCCGGGUCCAAAUGGGACACAGAUGGUCGUGAGGACAAUCGACGAGGAUGUGCACAUCGAGGAGGAAAUCAAGAAGAAGGGUGAGGUGAGUGAAAGGAGCUCGCAUUUGAAAUCGGGAUUUGUCGAUUCGACAUCCGAGCCUCACUACCACCACCACAAUCAUCAUCAUGGUCGUGAUUACUUGGAGUAA